UAAAGAUGGCGCCGAUUCUUGACGCUGAGGACAGCUCAGUUUUUUGCGCCGUUUUAUGGUAUAUCCGCCAUUAAUCACGACCUGAGAGCUCCGGUUUGGGGGUCAUGAGGAGCUGGUCCCCGUGAAGUGUUCCCGGAUGCCUCGCGUGAACCGGACGGCCGUUUUAACGCUGCUGAUUGUCAGCAGCUCCGUGUUUCUGCUGUUCCAGUUAUAUUACUACCGGAAGUACGCCAGUCAGUCUGGCCCUUUCAUCCUUAGCCGGACGGGCCACCUCACCGCCAACGACCUACAAUGGCAAGCGGUGAAGAAGUUCCUCGGGUUGGCGCAGCACUUCGGGCUGCCGCUGUUCCUCGCCGACACCGCCGCCCUGAGGCUGCUCUCCCACGAUGCUUUGCGGCAGCGUGAUCGGCUGGUGCGCGAGCCGCACUGCAGCUUCCUGUGCACCGGCAGGCCGAUCACGUCCUUCGCUCUGCACGCCAACCUGUGGAAGUACGAGCCCGGCUUCCUAUUGGCUGCAGAGCAGAAAGGCUUCGAGCUGCUGGAGCUGCGAGGAGAAGACCCGCGAUUGGCCAGUCUGGACAACCUAUCAGGAGAGGAGAUCCCUCUCCACUUCUUGUUCCGCCUCUACGGCCACGUCAUACAGGUGGUGUUCCUGUAUGAGCGCAGUGGGAACUACCUGUGGCACGGAGCGCUUCGCUUCAAAUCCAACGCGGACCGAAGCUUCGCUCCCUUCAAGCUGCUGGACUACGGACGCCAUGCUGGAUCCUACGACAGGCCGGAGCUGGUUCUAACGGUCCUGGACAGCCUCGACGUUCGGAUCCCGCGCAACGUGACCCGCUUCCUGUCCGAGCAGCGACGGGCUCGGUUCUUGGAGUGCCGUUACCGUGACGCCCGCAACUUCCUGCAGCUCUACCCCGAGGACUCGUCUCCGGAGGCCGUGGACUUUCGGAGGCAAGUGAAGUCGUUGCUUCAUUCGGCCGCGCGGAUCCUCGCCGGCCUCGACGUCCCCUUCUGGCUGAGCAGCGGCACCUGCCUGGGCUGGUUCAGGCAGUGCAGCGUGAUCUCGUACAGCCGGGACGUCGACAUCGGCAUCUUCGUCCAGGACUUCCGCUCUGACAUCAUCGUGGCGUUUAAGGACGCCGGGCUGUCACUCAAACACAAAUUUGGAAAGGUGGAGGACAGUCUGGAACUUUCCUUUGUGAGCGACGACGUCAAACUGGACGUUUUCUUUUUCUAUGAGGAUGGAGACGUCGUCUGGAACGGGGGAACGCAGGCGAGGAGCGGCCGCAAGUUCAAGUACGUCUUCCCUCGCUUCUCACUGUGCUGGGCGGAGCUUCUGGAGCUGAAGGUGCGCGUCCCCUGCGAGACGCUCGACUACGUGACGGCGAACUACGGCGCCGCGUGGAGCGUCCCGGUGAGGAGUUGGGACUGGAAGUCGUCGCCCAGCAACGUGCAGGAAAAUGGGGUGUGGCCUCCGGCUGAGUGGGAGGAGCUUAUCCAAGUUUACUGAGAGGAAACGUAACGGAAAAUAAACUCAACACUGAAACUAUAAAUAAAAACGAGGUGGAAAAUAACAGAAGACUUUAUUAUGAACUCAAAGUAUGAAUCUAAAAAUAAUAAUAAAAAGCUUCAAUUCUAUUUCUAGAUUAAAUAAUAGCAAAUAUUUACAGAUUUCCUUUGUAAAGGAUGAAUGAACUUUUAUCAAUUAUUUGUAUGUCAUGAAUUACAACCAUUGUGGAAUAUAAUCCAGCUUCAAUGUCCAUGUAAAACCAUAAACUCGGUGAUGUAUCCACGUCCUUUAAAAAGUAAAAAUAAACAACAUUUUAAUUUAGUUUUCAAAGUCGGCCACUAAAAUCAUUCAUGUAAUGUAGAAUCAUUUAACAUAAGUUAUCACAGCUCACUUAUUAUAGAUAUCAGUUUAAAUACAAGUGUUAUUUGGACGGAUUAAAAUGAACGCAUGAAUAGAAGGCAUUAAAAAACAACUGUCAUUAAAUAAAACAAAUUUAUCUUGAAACAGUUUAUUUCUUAAACCUGCUUUUCACCGAACAAAUAUAUAUUAGUGCUGUGAAAAAUAACGCGUUAACUCAGUUAAUUCAAUUAAAGGUUUAACUAGUUUUUUUUUUUUUACGCAUUUAACGCAUGCGCAGAAUGAGCUUCCAAUCCGUCUGUUGUUGGUCGUCGGGACGAAAAAAAAGUCACUUGCAAAAUGAGCUUCCAAUCCACCACUUCAAUCUGAACUCUGUCCGCUCUCAUGCAGACGGUCUGUUCAUCGGUAAUGAUCCUUCCGCAGGUUCACCUACGGAAACCUUGUUACGACUUUUACUUCCUGUAGAUCAGGGUCUCAACACGUCGAUCGCGACCUGCCAGUCGAUCGCGGCGUAGUGUCGGUAGAUCAAUGACAUUAAAGAGAUUGGCCCGCCCCCCUGACAUGUUCUCUAUAGCACGUCUUUGUUCUUUUAUUAAACUAAACGUCUGUUGUUGAUCGUAUCUCCA